GAAGCCGGAAGUGGGGUUUUCCACUGCUGAGAAGGGAAGGGUGACCGCCUGACUAGGAUUUCCUAGGAGCUCCGAUUCUGCCGCUGCUCCUGCCCUCUUCACUUCUGGCCGACUCUGCUGACAGACACUGUCUUGUUGGAUGAGCAGGCACCUCUGGAAGAAUCAGUUGAGUGAGAUGGUGCAACCCAGUGGUGGCCCAGCAGAGGACCAGGACAUGCUGGGUGAAGAAUCUUCUCUGGGGAAGCCAGCAAUGCUACAUCUUCCUUCAGAGCAGGGUACUCCUGAGACCCUCCAGCGCUGUCUGGAAGAGAAUCAAGAACUCCGAGAUGCUAUCCGGCAGAGCAAUCAGAUGCUGAGGGAACGCUGUGAGGAGCUGCUGCAUUUCCAGGUCAGCCAGCGGGAGGAGAAGGAGUUCCUCAUGUGCAAAUUCCAGGAAGCCAGGAAGCUGGUGGAGAGACUGAGCUUGGAGAAGCUUGACCUGCGGAGGCAGAGGGAACAGGCCUUAGAGGAUUUGGAGCAUCUGAAGAAAUGCCAACAGCAGAUGGCUGAGGACAAGGCCUCUGUGAAAGCUCAGGUGACAUCAUUGCUGGGGGAACUCCAGGAGAGCCAGAGUCGUUUGGAGGCUGCUACCAAGGAACGACAAACUUUAGAGGGAAGGUGAAUUCAGCAGUUAGGUGAGCAGGUCAGACAGCUGGAGAGUGAGCGGGAGGUGCUGCAGCAGCAGCACAGUGUCCAGGUGGACCAGCUGCGCAUGCAGAACCAGAGUGUGGAGGCUGCCUUGCGAAUGGAGCGACAGGCUGCUUCAGAGGAGAAGCGGAAGCUGGCUCAGUUGCAGGCAGCCUAUCACCAACUCUUCCAAGACUAUGACAGCCACAUUAAGAGCAGCAAGGGCAUGCAGCUGGAAGAUCUGAGGCAGCAGCUCCAGCAAGCUGAGGAGGCCCUGGUAGCCAAACAGGAAUUGAUUGAUAAGCUGAAAGAGGAAGCUGAGCAGCACAAGAUUGUCAUGGAGACCGUUCCAGUCUUGAAAGCCCAGGCGGACAUCUACAAGGCUGACUUCCAAGCUGAGAGGCAUGCCCGGGAGAAACUGGUGGAGAGGAAGGAGCUUUUGCAGGAGCAGUUGGAGCAGCUGCAGCGCGAGUUCAACAAGUUGAAAGUUGGCUGCCAUGAGUCAGCCAGGAUUGAGGAUAUGAGGAAGCGGCAUGUAGAGACUUCCCAGCCCCCUUUACUCCCUGCUCCAGCUCACCACUCCUUUCAUUUGGCCUUGUCCAACCAGCGGAGGAGCCCUCCUGAGGAACCACCUGACUUCUGUUGUCCCAAGUGCCAGUAUCAGGCUCCUGAUAUGGACACUCUACAGAUACAUGUCAUGGAGUGCAUAGAGUAGGAGCAGCAGAUUCAAGGCCACCUGUAAUACUAUGUCCCAAUCUGUGCAACUUAUGCUUUCCUGUUUCACCUGCGUAGUCCACAAUUAAGUGCUUAAUGUCAAAGAGUAGGUCCCAGGAACUAGCAGGACCCUUGCUUUAGCCCUUUGGUCUGCUAGUCCCCUAUUAGGGUAGACAGCUCCAUUCAGGGCUGUUUUUUUCCCUUUUCUCUUCUGUGUGCCUGAGCCACUUCGCCUCUGGUGGCUUCUUCUUCCCUCUUCUCCCAUUUUCUUAGGGAGUCUAGAAUGGAGGCCAGGGGCUCUCAGGGAGCAUCCCUUCUCCACGCAGGGCUAGUGCCUCUCUUCAGCUAGUGCCUUUCUUGCCAGUGAACUGCAGGCUCUCCUCCUAAGGCAUGUGGCACUUAGGUCUAUAACAUGUAUUACCUCUGAUAGACAUGUGGAAAGUAUUCUGUCCUUUUGUUACUAGUAAUGGUGCAGUGAAAGUACUUGUGCACAGAUCUGUAUGUACCUUUAGGACAGAUGCUUAGAUGUGACAUUAGCUCCUUGUCAUAGAAGAGGUGAGCAGACCUUUGGAUUCUGCCAUCUGCUAGACAUGCUAUUAUUUACUAAAGAGUUUGCUUAAGUGUCUUUUUCUGGGGUAUGUGGGCCUUCUUAAUUUCUCUGAUGAAACUUGGAUUUUCAUAAUUCCUACCCAUUUUUCUGUUGGGUCGUUGCCAUUUGUUCUUUGGCUUUGGAGAGCUCUUUGAUUAUCAGUCAGGUUAGCUUUGACUAUCACAGAAAGGGCACACCUUGUUCCAGUUUGAUUGUGUUACUGUUUUGGGGCCUAGAAGCUGUUAUCUACUCCUGCUUACCCAUUCUUUACUCCUUUUUUGGCUUUGGAAUUAUGACUUACUUUGUCAACAGAAAGGUAUUUUACAUAUAUGCUUUUCUUUUUCUAGCUCCAGUGUGCUCUCGUUUUUGCUAAGCACAUUGUUGCCUUCUGUGAAUGGUGGUAGUUCAUUACAGUUCAGGAAUUUGUGAUGGCUUGUUCUCCACCAGCCAAUUUGUCCUAGCACACCAUUUAGCAGUGACUGAAAGGUUACAGAAAAGGGAACACUUCACUUGUUUUGCAAGGUUCUAGAUAUUUUCUGGGACCUUACAGUCAUUGGUAUUAGCCCUGCAGUUCUAGUAAAGGAAAGGAAACUGCAGUUGAGAAAGCAAUAAAUGUGCCUUGCUCAUUCCUCAGGUUUGAAAUCCUUCCUGCCCUCCUGUAAGCUUUCAUGGUUCUGAGUGGGAUUUGUGAAUCCAUCCCUGGGCUUUUAUUCACAUGGCUUCUAUCCCAUUAAGAAUGCGUAGGCUAAGUAGAAUUUAGAUUUUAAAAAAGGAUUUAAAAAGCAAUCCUGAGCUGGGGGCUUCCUCAGCAUUCUCAGGGGAUGUGGAACAAGUUUUCCAUUUCCUAAUUCCCUGGUAUCUAUCAGACAGAUCUUUGGGAAAAUGUUAAAGGAACAAACAAGUACUUUGCUUAUGUGUUUUCAUUUAAAUACCUAACCUAUAAUUUUUUCUUUAGGAAUACUGUUGGUUUAGCUUGAGUCCAGUUUUGGUGGUAUAUAAGACUGUCCUAUAGCUGCUUUAAAAAUUCUUUUAGACUUGAAAGAGCAACAACAACAAAAAUUAGUCUUCCUGUCUGGAAGCCAAAUGUUAAGUUUUUUUCUGGAGGCUCCGAGAAUCAAUUCCAAGCAUUCUCUUAACUUUUGGUGGUUUCUGGAAGUCCUUGGUGUUGCUUGACUUGUAGACCAAUCACUCCAAUUUCUGGUUCUAGGGCCUCGUGGUCUCUUCCUCUCUUCUAUCUCAUAAGGAAACCAAGUUGCACACGUGGAGUCUAUUUGGUUAGAUUACGGAGGAUUUCCAGUUCAAGACCUUUACCUCAUUCCACCUACCAAGACCCUUUUCCCAAAUAAAGUCAUUGUCUUCACAUUCUGGGGGUUUGGGCUUACACAACCCAGAGUAGGGACAUCAUCAGAACCUGAGUAAAUGCAGCUCCAAAGCAGGUGCCUUUAAGCCUUCCAAUUCUGCUAGAGAGAUCCGGUCUCUAGGGUGAUGACCAGUAGGCUUCAGAGUUUGGAGGCUGUCAAACCCUUGUCAGUGCUCCAUGCUGUUAGCAGGGUCAGUGGGAAUGACUGGGAAAGGCAGGUUGGCUGUAGUAGGAGAGAGCUGUUGUGAUGCCUGCAGUGGCUGCAAGAGCUUCAUGCUUCUUGGAUAAACAGAUGCAUAGGUACAUUUCUGACUAGUACUUUAUCUUGAAAGGGGCUCAGAAAGCAGGUGUGACUCAGGUUCCAGGUUACAUAGGAUCAUCUGGAAGCUUGAAGACAUUAUGUCUUGGGCUUCAUGGACUGGUCAAGACAAAUCUGAGAGUGGCUCCAGGCAACGGUUGGGACCUAGUACCCUUCUAGAAGGUGGGAACCCUUGCCACCUACUUACCCUGCAAUAUGGUGUAUGAUUAACCAUACAUCAAAGAUUUGAGAAUCUACCAUCUUCCUGAUAUGGGACAUGCUGUUUUCUUUUCCAGUAUUAUUGAAGCUAUAACUGGAAAAAGUAGUUGUCCCAUCCCCCUCAGGAAUUAGCCUAAUUGUUUUUACACAAAUUUUAUGUGGUCUCUGGCAGAUAACUUCUAGAUCCAUACAACUAGAAGCAUGUCCUUUCCAGAUGACCUCUUACUGUUACUUAUGUAUGCUUUCUUCCUGUUGGCCCAUGCCCAAGAGAAAACCAGAAAGCCAGUAAGACAGUACAGAGUACUUCACCUACUGUAGUAGUAAACCAUAAGGCAGAUUGUAAGUAGGGAUGAUGUCAAAAUAGGAAUAAUUACAGCCCUGUAUGUGACACCCUCAGGCAAGGUGAGGCCUACCUUUCAGUGUUUUCCCUUUCAAGGUGGGAGUUUGGUGAGAUGGAACAAGCACUUUGGAAGCAUUCUCAGCCCUCUUUACCUGACAGCAGCUUGGUCCUCACAGUGAUUGCCUCAUUGGAGUGGCUGUCAUGGCACUGUCACCACCAAAGUCUGUGAUGCAACAUAUCUGCAUGGCCUGCAUAUCAGCAGGCCUGAGUGGCUAGCAUCUUGAACCUUUUAUCACAUGAACAUUCUCUGUAGGCUGGUGUAAAAAGGCCAGAGGAUUAAAUUAUGUAUAAAAUAUGAAAUAAAGAAGUAAGACCUGCAA